AUGGCCGCUCAUAAAGCCGCAGGUUACCUUAGCGGCUUGGUGUCUCCGCGUGAGGGCGACGAACCCGAGCCCUAUGAGCCAUAUGGCCACUGUCACGGAUGCUGGGAGCAUGCGCUGACGGCGCCGCAGCCACCACCACAGUACUACCCAGCCGGGCCUCCUGUCUCCCAGGCCACACUUGUCUCGACUCCGAUUCCGAUCUCGGUACCAAUGCCGAUGCCGAGCGGAGCCUGCGGUGGACGGUCCGCGCCCAUUGUGAUCAACCCUCCAGGGGCGGCUCCCGCACCUGUACCAGUGCCGCCCCCUCCGCCGCCCGAGCCUCGGCCGAGUCCCGCGCAGGAGAUGGCCUCGGCAAUGAUGCUCACCAUGGUCGACUACAUGCGACGCAGGCUGGACAAGGAACUGGCGGGCGCGUCGUCCAAGCACGAGCUGCCAGCGAUGUCCUCGGCGUCGCUGUCCCCAGCACAGAGGUCUUCGCAACCGUUGACGCCGCUGGCACCGAUGCCCUCGGCAGAUUCGCCUCAGGCAGACAUGCCUCCGGAAUUGCCUCCGACCGCUCAUAAGAAGCACAAGAAGAAAAAGACCAAGGUCUUUGAAGGUCUCGACAGCAGCGAGGAGACAGCGUGGGACUUCCGUCAACCUAAACAGCCGCCGGCAGCGCCCGUGCAAGCCAUCAGCAAGCAGGGUGCCGACGUUGUCGAGAAGCUUCAAAGCGAGUUCUCGCCCGACGAGAAGUCAGAAACACCUAGCGCCGAGGAAGAGGAGGAGAGCGGCGGUGAAGAAUCUCCCAAGAAAGAAGGGCGCUGCCCGUGCAUGCGUUGCUGCUGUCUGUGUCUGUGGCUCGUGCUGCUGCUGGCCGCGUUCGGGCUUGCCGUCGCGUACCUGCUCUUUCCCAACGAGAUCGGCGACUUCCUGUGCAGUCUAGGAAUAGACAAGCUGACGGGCCAGGCGGCCGACGUGCCGAACGGUCUCAACAUUUCAAAUUUGCUCAACGAACCCGAAGAGGAAGAGUGGGGACGCAGUAUCUUCGACGUGAAACACAUUACCGACGGACCGCCCUUCUUCGACUCACUCCAGGACGAUCAAGGCGUCGUCGAGGAGGAGUACGAGGACGCAGCAAACUCCUCGUCUGUGGUCACCCCACCUCUGACCACAUCGGCUAGCUCAUUAGCGUCCCCAGAUAUACCUUCUUUCGUUUCUUUGCAAGCGCCCCAUUUCUUUGCAAACGGGAGUGACGAUCUCGAAGAAGCUAACAACGAGGAUGAUCCCGACGACAUUGUCCAUUUUGACAGCUUCAUUGACAUCGCAGCUUUUCGACGGGCAUUGAAGCCGUCCUCGACGCUGCCAACGUCGCUGCACAACGAACGGCGCGUGACAGCAAAUACGACAACCCGUGCUUUGAGCGCGCUCGUUGUCGCCCCUACGCCACCAUCGGGAAUUCGUGAUUUGCUGGUUCGUUUUGGUUUGGCAACAGACCGCGCUGAUGUAAAGGCAAAUGCCACGCGCGUAUGGCAGCCGAAAGAAGCAACGACAACUAGCGCGCCCGUGGCGAUUGAAUUAGACGACGAAGGUGAAGAGUGGCCCGUUUUUGGAAGUCUUGAUCGGGACACGGCGAAACCCACCAAAGAGAACCAAGGCACCGUCACCCUGGGCCAUUUUGGUAUGCCACUGGUGAGAGAUGUGAACGAGCCGGCGCAUUAAAACGCAGGCCAUUGUGCCGGCGAAAUUGGGCAGCUUUAAACGCUUCCAUGAAUAAACACGCAAUUAUGGUCGAGCGCAAUUACAAUAAUUAACCAUGUGGUUGGG